GGGAAGAGCCGACCCGAGAAACUAUUCUUAGCCUUCUUCUUUCUCAAAUCACAACGGAAGUCGCGUUUUAGAUUGCAAAAUAAAAAAAGAAACAAUCAGAGAAAGCAAAUUAAAAAACGAACAAUCAGAUCGAGCUUCUUGUCGAUCAGUUCAAUCGAACGAUCUGUUAGUCGACUAAGUUGAAACAUUUCUUUUGCAGAAUCUACGGAUUUUUUGUUGAUUCUUUGGCGGGGGAGAUUUAGAGAUAGCAGAGUCAGAUUUUUAGAUUUGAGAUAAUUUCUAGAUCGUGCAAGGAGGGCCUGAUCUAGGGUUUCUUUAAUUGGAGAUGGAUCUCCGGAGGAGGAGCUUCUUCGGAUGACAUUCUCACAUGUUUCAGUCGUCUCGGAAAACGAUGAAAUGGUCUUCAUUGCUUAAGGACUUAAAGGAGAAGGUCGGACUUUCUCCACAUUCUACUGCAUCGUCGUCUUCACCCUUUGCCGCCGGCGCAGAAGGUUUUGGGUCGCCGAGAAAUGCCUUUGCUGGAUCUCCUUCAAGAGACAAACAUGAAUUGGAGUUGGACUUCAAAAGAUUUUGGGAAGAGUUCCGCUCGUCCAGCUCUGAAAAGGAGAAAGAAAUGGCUUUGGACAUGGCUAUAGAUGUUUUCUGUAGACUAGUGAAGCAGCACUCUAAUGUAGCUCAAGUAGUUAGCAUGUUAAUUGAGACACACAUUUUCUCCUUCGUUGUUGGAAGAGCAUUUGUUACAGAUAUUGAGAAGUUGAAAAUCAUUAGCAAGACAAGAUCAUUGGAUGUGGUGAAAGUUAUGAGGUUUUUCACGGACAUUAUGAAGGAUGGCAUCAGUCCUGGUUCGAAUUUGUUACAUGCGAUUGAAGUUCUUGUAUCAGGGCCAAUUGAUAAACAGUCUCUUCUUGAUUCUGGGAUCCUAUGCUGCCUUAUUCAUAUUCUCAAUGCUCUUCUUAGUCCUGAUGAGGCCAAUCAAAGACACUUAGCUGACAGCUCCGAAGAAAAUCUAUUUGAAAAAGGUUAUGAUGGAGAUAUAGGACAAGUCCGCCGGCUUGAGGUUGAGGGAAGUAUUGUACAUAUUAUGAAAGCAUUGGCGAGCCAUCCUUCUGCUGCACAGAGUUUAAUUGAAGAUGAUUCACUUCAUUUAUUAUUUGAGAUGGUUGCUACUGGCUCUUUGAUCGUUUUUUCUCGAUUUAAACAGGGCCUUGUUCCCUUGCAUACGAUUCAGCUUCAUCGACAUGCCAUGCAGAUACUUGGUCUUCUUUUGGUCAAUGACAAUGGAAGCACAGCAAAGUAUAUACACAAUCAUCAUCUGAUAAAAGUUCUUUUAAUGGCUGUCAAGGAUUUCAAUCCUGAAUAUGGUGACUCUGCAUAUACUUUGGGCAUUGUGGACUUACUACUUGAAUGUGUGGAGUUGUCAUAUAGACCUGAGGCUGGGGGAAUCAGUCUCAGGGAGGAUAUUCAUAAUGCCCAUGGCUAUCAUUUUCUUGUUCAAUUUGCGUUAGUACUGUCGAACUUGCAGAAGAAUCAGGACUCUGAGUCUAUCCAGUCCCAAUUUGCUUCCAAGGAAAACUCUGCUUCAGAUGGUUCCUUGGCAUCUGAUUCUGUUGGAAGAAAGGAUUUCACAGGAAAAGGUUGGGCUACUUCACCAGCACUGGCCAGGCUGCUCGAUGUGCUUGUUAAUCUAGCACAAACUGGUCCAUCUGAACCUAAUAUACCUGCUGGAGGCAAAGGUGCCAAAUCUUCUCCUAACAAGGCCGGUGGCCAUGUUAGAACUCGGACAUCAUCUGAUGAAAUGUGGGAAAAAAGAAAUGCUAAAAUUAAAGACCUUGAAGCAAUUCAAAUGUUACAGGAUAUUUUUCUUAAAGCGGAUAGCACUGAACUUAGGGCAGAGGUAUUAAAUAGAAUGUUUAAGAUCUUCUCAAGCCAUCUUGAGAACUAUAUGUUGUGCCAGCAGUUGCGCACGGUGCCUCUUUUCAUCCUGAAUAUGACCGAGUUUCCUCCAUCGUUGCAGGAGAUAAUCUUGAAAAUUCUAGAAUAUGCAGUGACUGUAGUGAAUUGCAUUCCUGAACAAGAAUUACUUUCACUUUGCUGCCUGUUGCAGCAACCAAUAACAUCUGAAUUAAAGCAUACCAUUCUCUCUUUCUUUGUGAAACUUCUAUCAUUUGAUCAGCAGUAUAAGAAGGUUUUGCGAGAAGUUGGUGUUCUGGAAGUUAUCUUAGAUGACCUGAAGCAACACAGGUUUCUUUCCCGCUCAGAGAAGCAAAAUAAGAGCACUAAUCCACUGGAGAAGAAGUCUGGUUCAAGCAGCUUCAAGCAACAAAUGGAUAGCAAGGAUGCUAUAAUUUCUUCUCCCAAGCUAAUGGAAUCUGUUUCUGCGAAGUUUCCUCUUUUUGAGACUGAGAAUACAAUAGCUGUUGCAUGGGACUGUAUGGUCUCCUUAUUGAAGAAAGCAGAAGCCAAUCAAUCGUCAUUUCGAUCAUCUAAUGGUGUCACCAUUAUUCUCCCAUUUUUAGUGUCUGAUAUUCACCGACCUGGGGUUCUCCGGACCCUAUCCUGUUUGAUUAUUGAAGAUGUUGCACAGGCUCAUCCAGAAGAAUUAGGUUCGCUGGUUGAAGUUCUAAAGAGUGGUAUGGUUACAAGUGUUUCUGGUACCCAGUACAAGCUUCAAACUGACGCAAAAUGUGACACUUUCGGAGCCUUAUGGCGCAUUCUGGGAGUAAAUAAUUUGGUUCAAAGGGUCUUUGGGGAAGCCACUGGAUUUUCUCUUCUACUUACCACACUUCAUAGUUUCCAGAGUGAUGAAGCACAGACAGAUGGUCAAUCUUUGUUACUGGUUCAGAUGAAGCUUUUCACAUUUCUGUUACGGGUUAUGACAGCUGGAGUGUGUGGUAAUGCUGUCAAUAGGACAAGGUUGCACACAGUUUUAUCAUCUCAGACAUUUUAUGAUCUUCUGUCUGAAUCUGGGUUACUUUGUGUGGAUUGUGAAAAGCAAGUCAUCCAGUUGCUGCUGGAACUUGCACUUGAAAUGGUACUUCCACCAUCCAGUGUGCCAACAGCACAGAGUGCUCCAUCAUCUGAUUUGGUUGAAGCUGGGUCUGUAUCUUUUCUUUUAAGUGCUUCAUCAGGUUCUUUUAUUCCUUACAAGGAGAGUGUAUACAAUGCUAGUGCCAUCAGCAUCCUGAUCCGCUCGUUGUUAUAUUUUACUCCAAAGGUGCAGAUAGAAGUACUAAGCUUCAUUGAAAAACUUGCUCAAGCUGGCCCCUUCAAUCAGGAAAGCCUGACUUCUGUAGGUUGCGUGGGACUUCUAUUGGAGACAAUCCGCCCAUUUCUUGCUAGCUCAUCACCAUUACUUAGCCAUGCAUUGCAAAUCGUGCAAGUUCUAGGUGCUUACAGGUUGUCAUCAUUGGAGCUCCGUGUGCUUGUCAGAUAUAUUCUGCAAAUGAGAAUGAUGAAUUCAGGUCAUAUUCUUGUUGACAUGAUGGAGAGAUUAGUUCACUUGGAAGAUACUUCAGAAAAUGUUUCUCUCGCACCAUUUGUAGUGAUGGACAUGAGCAAGGUCGGGCAUUCUUCCAUUCAAGCAUCUUUAGGGGAAAGAUCAUGGCCCCCUGCUGCUGGUUAUUCCUUUGUCUGCUGGUUUCAGUACCAUAAUCUCUUGAAACCUCAAGCAAAGGAUCCAGAUCAACCGUUCAAAGCUGGUGCUUCUAAAAGGUGGAAUCCCUCUAGCACGCAAAAGCUUGGGGCCCAUGUUCUCCGGUUGUUUUCAGUAGGUGCUGUGGAUGAUGAAAAUACGUUCUAUGCAGAACUUUACCUUCAGGAUGAUGGUGUUCUAACUCUUGCCACUAGCAGCUCCAGCUCUUUGUCUUUUUCUGGGUUAGACCUUGAGGAAGGAAGGUGGUAUCACCUUGCUGUUGUUCAUAGUAAGCCUAAUGCAUUGGCUGGACUUUUCCAAGCUAGUGUAGCAUAUGUGUAUGUUAAUGGAAAACUGAGGCACACUGGAAAGCUGGGAUAUUCACCAUCUCCAUUUGGGAAGUCCUUGCAGGUAACCAUUGGGACACCUGCUACUUGUGCAAAAGUUUGUCAGUUGUCCUGGAGACUCUGCUGUUGCUAUCUUUUUGAGGAUGUGCUGACUUCAGGUAGUAUAUGCUUCAUGUAUAUUCUUGGUAGAGGAUAUAGAGGGCUGUUCCAAGAUACAGAUCUUUUGCAGUUUGUUCCUAACCAGGCCUGUGGUGGGGGUAAUAUGGCAAUAUUGGAUGCAUUGGAUGCUGAAUAUCCUUUAGUGUCCAAUGCACAAAAAGUUGACAACACCAGUAAACAGGGGAACCCUAAGGCAGAUGGCAGUGGAAUUGUUUGGGAUCUGGAGAGACUUGUGAACCUCUCAUCACAGCUCUCUGGGAAGAAGCUUAUAUUUGCAUUUAAUGGAACAUCUUCAGAAGCUCUUCAAACAUCUGGGACUCUAUCCUUGCUAAACCUUGUUGAUCCAUUAUCAGCUGCUGCUUCUCCUAUUGGGGGUAUACCCCGAUUUGGUCGUCUACAUGGAGAUAUUUAUAUCUGCAGACAAUGUGUGAUUGGGGAUACCAUCCAGACUGUUGGUGGAAUGGCUGUUGUACUGGCUGUUAUUGAGGCUUCUGAAACCCGGGAUAUGCUGCACAUGUCCCUGUCCUUACUUGCUUGUGCACUUCAUCAAAGUCCUCAGAAUGUGCGAGAUAUGCAAGCCUACAGAGGGUACCAUUUGCUUGCACUCUUUCUGCACCGUAGAAUGUCAUUGUUUGACAUGCAGUGUCUUGAGAUCUUUUGUCAGAUUGCUGCGUGCGAGGCUUCAUUUUCUGAACCACAGAAGUUGCAGGAGACGCAUACAAUUCCUUCCCCUGCUGGAGCCAUUCAUGAUGCCAACAACUAUGAGGAUCUGAAUUUGUCAAAAUUUCCUGAUGAAUUCUCAUCAGUUGGAUCUCAUGGUGAUCUUGAUGACUUUUCUGUGCAAAAAGAUUCAUUUAGUCAUAUUUCAGAGCUUGAAAAUGCUGAUUUGUCCUCAGAACCAUCAAACUGCAUUGUUCUCUCAAAUGCAGAUAUGGUUGAGCAUGUCCUGUUGGACUGGACCUUAUGGGUGAUGGCCCCUGUUCCAAUUCAGAUUGCCCUACUUGGAUUUCUUGAGCGUCUUGUAUCCAUGCAUUGGUACAGGAGUCAUAACCUUACAGUCUUACGCCGAAUGAACCUUGUCCAGCAUUUACUGGUGACCUUACAGAGGGGUGAUGUGGAAGUUCCCGUGCUAGAGAAACUAACUGUAUUGCUUGGGGUUAUAUUGGAGGAUGGCCUUUUGACUUCUGAACUGGAGCAUGUGGUCAGGUUUGUGAUUAUGACUUUUGAUCCACCUGAAUUGAAACAACACCAUCAAAUCAUUCGAGAGUCAAUGGGAAAGCAUGUUAUUGUACGAAAUAUGUUACUGGAAAUGCUUAUUGAUUUACAAGUGACCCUAAAUUCAGAAGAGUUGCUUGAGCCAUGGCAUAAGAUUGUUUCAUCCAAGUUGAUAACAUAUUUUCUUGAUGAAUCUGUUCACCCUACCAGUAUGAAGUGGAUCAUGACUCUUCUUGGUGUUUGUCUUGCUUCUUCUCCUACAUUUUCACUUAAAUUUCGGAGUAUUGGAGGUUAUCAGAAUCUGGCAUGUGUGCUUCCAAGCUUCUAUGAUUCCCCAGAAAUAUACUACAUCCUAUUCUGUCUAAUAUUUGGCAAGCCUGUCUAUCCAAGAGUACCUGAAGUCCGCAUGCUUGACUUCCAUGCCCUUAUGCCAAGUGAUGGAAGUUAUGGAGAACUGAAGUUUGUGGAGCUUUUGGAAUCUGUGAUUGCUAUGUCAAAGUCGACAUUUGAUAGGUUGAGUGUGCAGGCUAUGCUUGCUCAUGAAACUGGUAACCAUUCACUGAGUGGUAGCCUUGUGGCAGAGCUUGUAGAAGGAACAACAGACAUGGCAGGGGAACUUCAGGGUGAAGCUUUGAUGCAUAAGACCUAUGCGGCACGUUUAAUGGGUGGGGAGGCAGCAGCCCCUGCUGCUGCCACUGCAGUCCUGAGAUUCAUGGUUGAUCUGGCAAAAAUGUGCUCUCCUUUCUCUGCUGUAUGCAGACGGGCAGAAUUUCUUGAAAGUUGUAUUGAUCUGUAUUUCUCUUGUGUAAGGGCUGCUUGUGCGGUGAAGAUGGCGAAAGACCUAUCUCUAGGAAUAGAAGAGAAGAAUUUGAAUGAUUCAGAUGACACCCACAGUUCUCAGCAUACAUUCUCCAGCUUGCCUCCUGAACUGGAGCAAUCUGUGAAAACUUCCAUUAGUGUUGGAAGCUUUCAACCAGGACAGGUAAGUACAAGUUCUGAGGGUAUUCCUGAGCCUGAAAAUUAUUUGCUUGGUGAUAAAACAGAGGGGAAAACAACUGUUUCUCAGAGGGAGUCAAGCACGCAAUUCAUUCGAGAAGAUGGCCAGACUGUACAUGGUUUUGAUGGUGAAAGUGUUGAUCAGAUGUCUACAGUUACUUCCAGCAUUAAUGAAUAUACUUUCCCGAAUGUAAAUGGGAUGGCAGAUUCAGCUUCUUCUUUAUCUUUUAACAUACUUGAUUCUCCCAUUUUGUCUGAAAAAUCUACUUCCAAAGUUCCACUCACACCCUCUUCAGCCCCGGUGAUUGCUUUGGCUUCUUGGAUUGGCAGCACUGGCAAUAGCGAAGGAAAAUCUCCAGUAGUUGCUACUCCAUCCAUUGGUUCUUCUGUGUCUAUGGGUGAAAAUGAUGCAUCUCAAGAUUUAAAAUCCAGUUCUCAAGGUUCAUCUGCUGCAAACACAUUUCUAUCUGUAAAUCCAAAACUUCUACUUGAAAUGGACGAGUCUGGUUAUGGUGGUGGUCCUUGUUCUGCAGGAGCUACUGCUGUUUUAGAUUUUAUGGCAAAAGUUCUAGCUGAUAUUGUGACUGAACAGGUGAAAGCUGCACCUGUCAUAGAGAGCAUUUUAGAAACUGUUCCUCUGUAUGUUGAUGCGGAAACUGUUUUAGUUUUUCAAGGUCUUUGCCUAAGUAGAUUGAUGAACUUCCUUGAAGGGUGUCUGUUGCGUGAUGAUGAGGAAGAUGAGAAAAAACUGGAUAAGAAUAGGUGGUCUGUGAAUUUAGAUGCAUUGUGCUGGAUGAUAGUGGAUCGUGUAUAUAUGGGUGCUUUUCCUGAGCCAGGUGGCAUACUGCGAACUCUGGAGUUCUUGUUAUCCAUGUUACAAUUAGCAAACAAAGAUGGUAGGAUUGAAGAAGCAGCCCCAACGGGAAAAGGGCUGCUCCCGAUAACUAGAGCAAGCAGGCAGCUUGAUACAUAUAUUCAUGCACUUCUGAAAAAUAUGAACCGCAUGAUCAUGUACUGUUUCCUCCCCUUGUUCUUGACCACAAUUGGAGAGGAUGACCUUCUUUCAUGCUUAGGCUUGCAAAUGGAAUCAAAGAAGAGUUUAUCUUCAAGCUCUUCACAAGAGUCUGGAAUUGAUAUCUGUACUGUCUUGCAGUUAUUAGUUGCUCACAAACGAAUUAUAUUCUGUCCCAGCAACCUAGAUACUGAUCUAAAUUGUUGUCUUUGUAUAAAUUUAAUCUCUCUUCUGCAAGACAGAAGACAAAAUGCACAGAACAUUGUAGUGGAUAUUUUCAAAUACAUGCUGGUACAUCGACGUGCUGCACUAGAGGAGUUGCUUGUAUCUAAACCUAACCAAGGACAGCAUCUCGAUGUUCUACAUGGUGGUUUUGAUAAAUUGUUAACUGGAAGUUCAUCUGUAUUCUUUGAAUGGCUUCAAAGUUCAGGUCAGAUGGUUAAUAAGUUGUUGGAGCAAUGUGCUGCUAUUAUGUGGGUGCAGUACAUCGCUGGAUCGGCAAAGUUUCCUGGGGUGAGGAUAAAAGGGAUGGAGGGUCGUCGUAAAAGAGAGAUAGGACGAAGAUCACGCAAUUCUUUGAAAAUUGAUCAAAAACACUGGGAUCAGGUGAAUGAGCGGCGUUAUGCGCUUGAGUUGGUUCGUGAUGCAAUGGCAACUGAGCUGAGAGCUGUUCGUCAGGAUAAAUAUGGUUGGGUUCUCAAUGCUGAGAGUGAGUGGCAAACCCAUCUCCAACGACUAGUGCACGAGAGAGGAAUAUUCCCCAUGAGAAAAUCCACCUUUUCUGAAGAACCUGAAUUGCAGCUUUGUCCUAUUGAAGGGCCAUACAGGAUGCGCAAAAAGCUUGAGCGUUGCAAAUUGAAAAUUGCUACAAUUCAAAAUGUUCUCAAUGAACAGUUCGAGUUGGCAGAAGCUGAACAGUCUAAAGGGAAAAAUGAAAACAGCAUGGAGGCUUCUGAAACUGAUUCUGAUUCAUUCUUUCAUCUUUUAUCCCAUGGUUCCAAAGAGAAAUCCUUUGAUGGUGGUGUUGACAGUGAGUCUCUUUUUAAAGAAACAGAUGAUGUUAAAGAAGAGGAUGAAGCUUCUGCUAGGGUUGAGUGGAAUGAAGACCUUACUAGCAAUAUAAAUGACGGAAGUCUUUACUCUGCUGGUGAGUUUGGUGUUAAAUCCAGUACUGUUUCUAUCCCAAUAACUGAUGGCAUUCAUGGGAAAUCUGAUCUUGGUUCUCCAGGGCAGACUUCUUCUGUGAAAAUUGAUGAUACAAAAGUUGCAGAGGACAAAUUGGAAAAGGAGUUGCUUGAUAGUGGUGAAUAUCUUAUUAGACCUUAUCUGGAACCUCUUGAAAAGAUACGGUUCAGAUAUAAUUGUGAGCGUGUUGUUGGUCUUGAUAAGCAUGAUGGCGUUUUUCUUAUUGGGGAGCUAUGUUUAUACGUUAUUGAGAAUUUCUAUAUUGAUGAUUCUGAGUGCAUCUGUGAGAAGGAAUGUGAAGAUGGACUCUCUGUGAUUGAUCAGGCUUUGGGUGUGAAAAAGGAUGUUACUGGCAGUAUGGAGUUCGAGCCAAAAUCACCUUCUUUGUGGAGUACCACGGCAAGGUCUUGGGCUGGGGCUAGGGCAUGGGCAUACAAUGGUGGUGCUUGGGGAAAAGAGAAAGUGUGUACUAGUGGCAAUCUGCCGCAUCCUUGGCGUAUGUGGAAACUUGAUAAUGUUCAUGAGAUUUUGAAACGUGAUUACCAGCUGCGUCCUGUUGCUGUUGAAAUAUUCAGUAUGGAUGGGUGUAAUGAUCUUCUGGUUUUCCACAAAAAAGAGAGAGAGGAAGUGUUUAAAAAUUUGGUUGCCAUGAAUCUUCCAAGGAACAACAUGUUGGACACAACUAUUUCUGGAUCGUCAAAACAGGAAGGGAAUGAGGGAAGCCGUCUUUUCAAUAUUAUGGCUAAAUCCUUCUCGAAGAGGUGGCAAAAUGGAGAGAUUAGCAAUUUCCAGUACCUCAUGCACCUCAACACUCUGGCAGGACGUGGAUAUAGUGAUCUCACCCAGUAUCCAGUGUUUCCAUGGGUUCUGGCAGACUAUGAGAGUGAGACUCUUGACUUGUCUGAUCCUACCACAUACCGUAAGAUGGACAAACCAAUGGGAUGCCAAACAGAUGAGCGGGAGGACGAAUUUAAGAAAAGAUACGAGAGCUGGGAUGACCCAGAUGUCCCCAAGUUUCAUUAUGGUUCACAUUACUCUAGCGCUGGAAUUGUUCUCUUCUAUCUUGUACGGCUACCACCAUUUAGUGCGGAGAAUCAGAAGCUACAGGGUGGUCAGUUUGACCAUGCAGAUCGCCUUUUCAAUAAUCUAAGAGACACGUGGUUAAGUGCAGCUGGGAAUGGUAACACAUCGGAUGUGAAAGAACUGAUUCCAGAAUUGUUCUAUAUGCCAGAGUUCCUUGAAAAUCGGUUUAAUCUUGAAUUGGGAGAGAAACAAUCAGGAGAGAAGGUUGGUGAUGUUGUGUUGCCCCCAUGGGCUAAAGGCAGUGCCAGAGAAUUCAUCAGAAAGCACCGGGAAGCAUUGGAAUCAGAUUAUGUUUCAGAACAUCUGCAUCACUGGAUAGACCUCAUCUUUGGAUAUAAGCAGAGAGGAAAGGCAGCUGAAGAGGCUGUGAAUGUCUUCUAUCAUUACACAUAUGAAGGGAGUGUGGACAUAGACUCCGUUACAGACCCUGCUAUGAAAGCCUCUAUACUUGCACAGAUCAACCACUUUGGCCAGACACCCAAGCAAUUAUUUCUCAAACCUCAUGUGAAGAGAAGGGUUGAUAGGAAGCUUCCCCCUCAUCCACUUCGGCACUGUAACCAUCUUGUUCCACAUGAAAUCCGUAAAAGUUCAUCCCCAAUUACUCAGAUAGUCACUUUCCAUGAGAAGAUCCUUCUUGCUGGGACAAAUCAAUUGCUUAAACCCAGAACAUAUGCCAAAUACGUUGCAUGGGGUUUCCCAGAUUGUAGCUUGAGGUUUAUGAGCUAUGAUCAAGAUAGACUCCUCUCUACACAUGAGAGUCUUCAUGGGGGUCAUCAGAUUCAGUGUGCAGGUGUCAGUCAUGAUGGCCGGAUUCUUGUUACUGGAGCUGAUGAUGGAUUGGUUUCAGUUUGGAGAAUCAGUGAGGAUGGACCCCGUAGUCUUCGACGGUUAAAUUUGGAGCGGCCACUCUGUGCUCAUACAGCAAAGAUCACAUGCGUUUAUGUCAGCCAGCCUUAUAUGCUGAUACUGAGUGGGUCAGAUGACUGCAGUAUUAUUUUGUGGGAUCUCAGCACCUUGGUCUUUGUGAAGCAGCUUCCUGAGUUCCCUGCACCGGUUUCAGCAAUAUAUGUUAAUGACCUGACAGGAGAGAUUGUGACAGCAGCUGGAGUUUUGCUUGCUGUAUGGAGCAUCAACUGUGACUGCCUUGCAGUUGUCAAUACCUCCCAGCUUCCAUCUGAUUUCAUCCUCUCUGUGACGAGUGCUGCAUUUUCAGACUGGCAAGACACAAACUGGUACAUUACAGGACAUCAGAGUGGGGCUGUCAAGGUUUGGCAUAUGGUGCAUUGCUCUGAUGAGACAAGUACCCAGAGCAAAUCGACUACCCAUGGAAUGGGAGGGCUAGGGCCAAAUGGUAAAGUGCCAGAAUACAGGUUGGUCCUCCGCAGGGUACUUAAGUACCAUAAGUAUCCGGUGACUGCCCUACAUCUUACAAGUGAUAAGAAGCAGUUGUUGAGUGGGGAUUCAGGUGGGCACCUUUCCUCAUGGACCCUACCAGAUGAGAGCUUGAGAGAUUCAGUUAGUCAGGGGUGAUAUUUGCAUAGGUGACGAUGCGUGGCUGAAUUGCACCUUUUGUCCAGUUGGGGCAAAUACUGGUUCCAUAUCCCAAACCCAGGCUGUGGUUUGUCCUUGUGAAGAUGUGUGUUUUCAAAAAUGGGAGCAAGAAGCAAGACACUAGGGCUUUCGUGGUGAUGGAAUGACACGUCUGGAUGACAAGGAUGAAGAACACCCAACAGUUGCUGAUGUGUUCUGAUAUUAGUCGAGCACAAGAAAUGUGUGGAAAUGCAUUGUGAGCUGAAGUGACAUUUCAGAGAUGACAGCAUGCUUUGGCAUGUGAUUGGUGAGGGUUUCAGCUUAUUAAAGGUUUUGGAUCUGCUGAGGCAUUGUCACGACUGGUUUUGAUGUAAAUAGGUGGAUGACUAACAAAUAUAGCAAAUUGUAUAGUAGGAGUUUCUCCGGGAGUGCUCAGUUGGGUGGAAAUGAUCUCGGCAGAACAUGUGAUGGACUACUAGAGGCUGAUUUGAGUGUUUCUUUUGUGUCUAAUUCUUUUUGUAUUGUUGUAAUUUGGGCACUUGUGCUAUUUUUGCAAUGAAACAAUGGCUUAAGUCUCC